GAAAGAAACCGUGGGCGAGGUUUCAAAUUGCGUUGAUCGACUACAGCUUGCGUGUAGCUAGUCUAACGUACUUGAAAGCUCAAUUUUAGCUCAUUUUAGUUAGGCACAACUGCUUGAAGCCAUGCCUCGCGUCAAAAUGGUCUCAGUCGACUUUGGGUAUCUUAGCGGCGUUGUGGAACGAACUAACAAAAAAAAACGACCGGAUUAUCCAGCAGUCCGGGUGGUUUUGUAUCCCAGCGAGCCGAAAGGGAAGAAGCAGCUGCAUGAGGCUUUGAGCGACUGUCACGAUGUAGCCACAGUCCAUUUGAAGUUCAUCGAUGUAAAAGAAUCCCAUGUCAACCCAAAACUCUUUGUCGACACCAUAUUUGAAGCCAUGCCUCGCGUCAAACACGUGAAACUUGAAUGCGGCAACCAAUCAGCAGCAAGAGGAAUGGCAUCUCUGGUACAGCAUCUUCCGUCCAACCUUUGCUCUCUUACCCUCCAAGAUUUCACGUGCGAGGACUAUGGGGACAAUGGGACGCAUGAAUCUCUCUUUCGUCAAGUUGCCCAAACGUUUGUCCACCUGCAAGACCUUAGUAUUUUGUGUUGGCGUAGGAUCUCAUUCAUAAUGGAACUUCAGAACAUGGAAGAUUGCCUUCGCAAGCUAUCAUCCAAGGGGCUUCAGCGGUUCACAAUCAGAGUUGGCCGUUCAAGGUUUGGGCACCACCAAGAAGACUGGCAGCCGAUAAUUGAAGUCCUUCGCGGCAACCCCAACUUGAAGCGUGUCGAGCUACAUGUAGUGUCCUCUUACAAUGUCUUCAGCGAUGAAACCUUGGAAUCGAUUCAGUAUGGACCAAGGAUCCAGCAUGCCAAAGAAACUCAUUUGUCCAAUAUGGAACUAGACCAACUUGACAAGAAGCCGGUUCUCAAGCAAUUUGUGGAAGCGUUGGUAGAAGUGCAGGAUCGAGUGGAUUGUUUGUAUUACUUUCUAUCUCCCCAUCUCUCUGGAGUGGACCCUGCCAAGUAUGCCAUGGCAGCUCUUGAAGGCCCGGAGACAAAGGAAGCAGCGGACAAGAAGGAGAGUACUGCGUCGAGGAAGCGCACCCUGUCUCAAGCAAUGGAAUAACCAAGUGCUUCUCUGUACCACACAAAACAAGAUUACAAAGCACUCGUACAAUCAGGAGUGGGAGGUCUCCAAGUACACGCAAGGAACAGCCACAUCACCCUUAUGGUAGUAGAGUAUAAUGCUAUAGCACAAGACCCGAGAGUCGAACUGGC